UCGUUGCCGUUGGUGGAGUUAGAGGGCAAGCUAUGUUGAGCUUCUGAUGGAGAUAUGGUGCUAUUAGUAGUAAUUGCUGAAACAAUGGAUUUAUGAUAUUUGAUGUGUAUUUGAAAUUCUUCCUCUCCCCCAAUGGCCUCAAAAUCUGGUGCUAGAAUUUCUCCUAAACAACAGCUGAAGACAAGUAGUGUACAAAGUGUAGAAGCAGAUGAGCCAAAGCCUUUACCCUCGAAGGUUUCCAAGACAAACAAAUCUGAGCUGGUUACUCCCGAACACCUCCUCAAAUUGGUAGAAACUGCACCAAAGAAAGUUGUGGCAGAGAUUUAUGAAAAUAAAAGGUCACCAAUUUUAAAUCAAAAUGGUUCUGUUGAAUCUUUGACUACUAAGUUUGAAUCAAGCACAUCAUCACCGUGUGUUGAACAAGCAUCAAAAGAAGUAGAUUCUUCCAUUAAUGAGACUAGAGAUUCACCUUCUGUUUCUGUUGACCAAGAGAAGAAAACAUCCGAGUACGGAAGUGUUAAAAACAGCUCAGUAUCUGCCAAAGUUAGCGAUGGGACCAAUAGUCUUGCCAAAACUAGUGGAAGUGCCAAGAUUAGUGAUCGUCUUGAUUAUGUUGAGAGUGGCAAGAGCAGCAUGUGCAGAGGCAGCACAAGCAGUGAUGUGAGUGAUGAAAGCACAUGCAGCAGCUUUAGUAGCAGUGUCAAUAAGCCUCACAAAGCGAAUGACUUGAGAUGGGAAGCUAUCCAGGCUGUCAGGGCAAGAGAUGGGGUUCUAGGUUUGAGCCGUUUUAGACUGCUAAAGAGGUUGGGUUGUGGGGACAUUGGGAGUGUCUAUCUGUCAGAAUUGAGUGGAACUAAGUGUUAUUUUGCAAUGAAGGUUAUGGACAAAGCAUCUUUAGCAAGUCGUAAAAAGCUGCUUCGGGCUCAAACGGAAAGAGAGAUACUGCAAUCUCUUGACCAUCCUUUCCUUCCUACACUUUACACCCACUUUGAGACGGAGAAGUUCUCCUGUUUGGUAAUGGAGUUCUGCCCUGGUGGAGAUUUGCACACCCUUAGGCAGAAGCAGCCAGGGAAACAUUUUCCAGAGCAGGCAGUAAAAUUUUAUGUAGCAGAGGUCUUGCUAGCAUUGGAAUAUCUCCAUAUGCUUGGUAUCAUCUAUCGUGACCUUAAGCCAGAAAAUGUUCUUGUGAGAGAAGAUGGUCAUAUAAUGCUCUCUGAUUUUGAUCUUUCCCUUCGUUGCGCUGUCAGCCCAACUCUUGUCAAGACAUCUUCUCUUGAAUCAGAGCCAUUAAGAAAGAACCCUGUUUACUGCGUCCAGCCUGCUUGCAUUGAACCUUCCUGCAUUCAGCCGUCCUGCGUUGCUCCAACAACUUGCUUUUCUCCCCGUCUCUUUUCUAGCAAGUCCAAGAAAGACCGCAAGCCCAAAAAUGAAAUUGGAAACCAGGUCAGCCCGUUACCUGAGCUCAUAGCAGAGCCAACUGAUGCCCGUUCAAUGUCAUUUGUUGGGACCCAUGAAUACUUGGCACCUGAGAUCAUCAAGGGUGAGGGUCAUGGAAGUGCUGUUGAUUGGUGGACUUUUGGAAUCUUCCUCUAUGAACUCUUGUAUGGUAAGACUCCUUUUAAGGGAUCUGGGAACCGGGCGACGUUGUUUAAUGUCGUAGGACAGCCUCUUCGGUUUCCAGAAUCACCAGUUGUCAGUUUUGCAGCAAGAGACCUCAUAAGGGGGCUGCUUGUAAAGGAACCACAACAUAGAUUGGCAUAUAAACGAGGGGCAACUGAGAUUAAACAACAUCCCUUCUUUGAAGGUGUGAAUUGGGCAUUGAUUCGAUGUGCUACCCCACCUGAGAUUCCAAAGCCAGUUGAGCUUGAACGUAUACCAGCUCCACCAGCAUCAACAAGUGAAAAGGUUGCAGCCAAUGUUGCAGCUGCUUAUGAUCAGAAAGGUUCUGACAAUUAUCUGGAGUUUGAUUUCUUUUAGCAAUAGUUGGUAUUAAUUGCGAUGCGCAGUUUGUUUCUGUUUAGCGGGAAGAAAUAUAAUGAACAUCUCAGGGGUUGGUGGUGAUGAGGAUAAAGUUUUCUUGUUGAUGGAUAUGAUGAGAAAAUGUAUGUUUGUUGUUGCUGCCUAUUUAAACAUUUUAAGUCUGUAUUCCUUAAUUAUUCAUGGACCACACCUUUUUACCA